CACACACACACACACACACAGAGCACUGCAGUAUGAACUUCUCAUAGCUCCACUGCUCACUGAACUGGAAUCAUGGUGGCUGGACUGACUGAGAGGAUGGGAUAUCAGGGUGCGUUCCUGUUCGUUCUGCUAGUUCUCGCUUCUCUCCUACAUAACGUACCAGCAGAGAAGAGAAAAUUGGACAUGGCUCCCGACGCCAUAGACGACAAGUUCUUAAAUUGUUUAGAAAAAAUGAUGAAGGUCGUAACAAAACCAGGCGGCUUGUUGCAGAAGGAGCUGGAGACCAGUUCAGAUUUUGCAAAGGUUUGGAAAAAAGGAGAUGAAACCAUUUGUGAGAAGCAAAUUCCUGGAGGAAACAAGUAUCACACAACUGCGCUGCAGGCUUACGGGAACUCAGACAGUAAAUUCAGAAAACAAUUUAACGAUCUGGUUUAUAGUAAAGGCACGAACAGAACGACGUAUGUGGACGGAUUUCCCUUCAAGUCUCUUCACUUUCUGCUAACAGACGCAUUUAGACUUGCUAACAGCAGCAAAUCCUGCGUCACCAGAUUUUACGGCACAACAAAUCAAUACACAGCAAAGAUAAAGGAAGAGGUGCGGUUUGGUAAGUUCAUACGGGCAGAAAUCCAGCACAGUGCUGCAGCUGAAACAGCCAUGGAAGAAGAUGGAACGUUGUUCAACAUCACUUCCUGUUCUGCGAUCAACGUUGACGAUUACACGUGCAAGUCUGAGGAAAUCAGCCACCUCAUUUCACCAAACGAAGUGUUCCGAGUAAAGAACAUCACAAAAGUCAAAACUGCCGAUGGUACUUAUAAUGAAAUCACGCUAACACACUCUCGAUUCCUCAUCAAUCAUGACUGCUACCUCUUAGGUGCUGAUGAUGAUGAUAAUGAUGAUGAUGAUGAUGAUGAUGAUUCCUCCUCUGUACAGCUAAGCUGUUCGGUUCUGGCUCUCAUCGCUUCUAUACUGAUUUGUUUUACUCUGCUGGAGUGACUUUCAUCUUUAAUCGCAAACUUUUACACACUGUAGUUCUUACUUUUUAUAUGCAUCUUAAUGAUUGUUCUUUAUUUUUCUUGUUUACGUUCAUUUGUAAUGAAAACUACUGAAUCUUAAAAUUUUCUUAUAGUUUAAGUGCAGUAAUAACAACA